UUGGUAUUUUAGCCUUUGAAGUAAUGUCGGACUGUAUAAGUGACUGUGUUGAAAAAUCCAAUCAUAAAAAUGAUGGACAUGUGGCACCGAUUAUCAACAAGUGCAUUAAGCAAAUAGCACAAAAAGAAGGUUUUCAAGACUAUAAAGUAGAGGUUCAAGAUAUUUCAACUAAUGGUGGUAAUUUCAUGGCAAGCCUUCAAACGAUAAAUAUCAAAGGAAAAACUGAAACAGCUUAUAAAGAAAUUAGUCUUUUCGUAAAAAACAAAUUUAAGUCUGUACAAGACAAUAAUAUUCAAGUGGAUACAAUUUACGAACGAGAACUUUUCUUCUACAAUGAACUAGCAAAGAUAUAUGAUGAACUACAAGAUGAAGCGAAUAUUCCAGUUGACGAAAGAUUAAGAAUGGUGAAAAGCUAUAAUGAGUCAAACUUUGAAGCAAUCAUUCUCGAAAAUUUGAUUAAAAAAGGCUACACAACUCCACACAGGCUCGAGCCAAUAUCACUUCAAUUUGCUGAAAUGUCCGUAAAACAACUUGCAAAAUUUCAUGCUCUAUCUUUUGUCUUGAAAUGUAAGAAACCAGAGUAUUAUGAGAAGAAAAUAAAACCAUUCACUUAUCCUGUAGAAGUUUGUACGGAAUGGGAAGAUUAUGUAGUCAAUGCAUGUACUGCUGCAGCUAACUGUCUAGAUGAUGAUUUAAAAGUAAGAUUGGAAAAAUUUAAGGAAAAGAUAGUGCAAGUAUAUAGAAAUUACUAUGGUUCUCCGUCUGACAAAUCAACAUGCUUGUGUCAUGGUGAUUUUAGAGCUAAUAAUAUAUUGAUGAAAGAAGAGGAAGGUGAUAUCAAAGAUCUGAUUGUUGUCGACUACCAAACGAUGCGUUACGGUAGUCCAGUAACAGAUUUCAUAUACUUCGUCUUCACUGGUUCAGAUCAGGAAUUCAGACGAGCCCACUUGGACGAGUUGAAGGAAUUAUAUAACGAAACAUUGAAGAAGUUUCUUAGUGAGUUUGGUAUAGAAGUCCAGGAUGUCUAUCCCAAGAAGCAAUUUGAACAGGAAUACCGGGACUAUUUGGAUAUAGGACUUACAUUAUUCUUGAUUAUAGCACCGUUUCUGCUGUGCUCCGCUGAUGACAUACCCGACCUGCAAAAAGAUUCUUCUGUACAAGACAAUAUACUUCCAUUGGAUGAAUUCUACGAACGAGAAGUUUUCUACUACAAUGAACUAUCAACGAUAUAUGAUGAACUACAAGACGAAGUGAAUAUUCCAGUUGACGAAAGAUUGAGAAAGGCGAAAAGCUAUAAUGAGUCAAAUUCGGAAGCCAUCAUUCUCGAGAAUUUGAGCAAAAAAGGCUACACAACUCCAAACAGGCUCGAACCGAUAUCUCUUCAAUUUGCUGAAAUGUCCAUAAAGCAACUAGCAAAAUUUCAUGCUUUAUCUUUUGUCUUGAAAUCUAAGAGGCCAGAAUAUUAUGAGAUGAAAGUUAAACCAUUUAUUUAUCCAGUAAAAGUUAAUAAGGAAUGGGAAGAUUAUGUAGUCACCGCAUGUGCUACUGCAGCCAACUGUUUAGAUAGUGAUUUAAAAGUAAGAUUGGAAAAUUUUAAGGAAAAUAUAGUGCAAGUAUAUAAAAAUUUCGUUAGUUAUCCGGCUGACAAAUCAACAUGCUUGUGUCAUGGUGAUUUUAGAGCAAAUAAUAUAUUGAUGAAAGAAGAGGAAGGUGAUAUAAAAGAUCUGAUUGUUGUCGACUACCAAACGAUGCGUUACGGGAGUCCAGUAACAGAUUUCAUUUACUUCGUUUUCACUGGUUCAGAUCAGAAAUUCAGACGAGCCUACUUGGACGAGUUGAAGGAGUUAUAUUACGAAACAUUGGAGAGAUUUAUGGGCGAGUUUGGGGUAGAAGUCCAUGAUGUCUAUCCUAAGAAGCGAUUUGAACAGGAAUACCGGGAUUCUUUAGUCAUAGGUCUUACAAUCUUCUUGAUUGGAGCACCGUUUAUGCUGUGCUCUGAUGAUGACGUACCCGAUCUGCAAAAGGAUACUGUUUCUAAAAUCAAUUUGAAUUUUGACAACGCCGUAUGUAAGGAGCGACUGCGUGGCAUAGUUGAGGAUUUCACACAGUGGGGAUAUUUGUAAAAGGAUCUACUAGAAAAUAAUCUACUCGAAAACUGUUACGUGUUAAAGAAAUAAAAGAACUUGAGGUGGUUUCCCAAUCUCCUUUUUGUCUUCUUUUCGUGUAGUUACUGCUACUAGCUUUACCUUCUUGUACAGAAUAGAUGUAUUAUAUUGUACUUUGUGCACUUUGUGGCUUUUAAUUAAUUACCGCUGUGUUUCUAUAGAAAUAGUUUUUACUUUUAUACCUAUCUUACUAGAGGUCCCCCUUUUAUUUAAUGUCUGGACAAAUGC